AAUAAUUCUGCAACGAAUGUAGGAGUGAAAAUAUCUCUUCAAGAUACUCUGCCGAUUUCAUGUCCUUUGGUUACCUACCCAGAAGUGGGAUUGCUGAAUUAUACGAUAGUUCUUUUUUUUACCAAUAGUUCUAUUUUUUAUUUUUGAAGACUCUCGUACUGUUUUUCAUAGUAGCUGGGCCAAUUUACAUUUCCACCAAAAGUCUAUAAAGGUUCUCUUUUUUCCAUAUCCUCACUAACAUUUGUUAUCUCUUGUUCUUUUUAAUAAUGACUCUCCUAACAGGUGUGAGGUAAUAUUUCAUGGUUUUGAUUUGUAUUUCCCUGAUGAUUAGUUAUGUUGAGCACUCUUUUUUCUUUCUUCUUUCUUUCUUUCUUUCUUUCUUUCUUUCUUUCUUUCUUUCUUUCUUUCUUCUUUCUUUCUUUCUUUCCCUCUCUCUCUCUCUCUCUUUCUCUCUCUUUCUCUCUCUCUCUCUUUCUUUCUUUCUUUCUGUCUUUCAUUAUACUUUAAGUUCUGGGGUACAUGUGCAGAUCUUGCAGGACUGUUACAUAGCUACAGACAUGCCAUGGUGGUUUGCUGCCUCCAUCCCCUCAUCACCUACAUUAGGUAUUUCUCCCAAAGUUAUCCCUCUCCAACCUCCUGACCCCCGCUAUCCCUCCCAUAGACCCCUAUUCCCCAACAGACCCCAGUGUGUGAUGUUACCCUCCCUGUGUCCAUGUGUUCUCAUUGUUCAAUACCCACCUAUGAGAGAAUAUGCGGUGUUUGGUUUUCUGUUCUUGUUUCAGUUUGCUGAGAAUGAUGGUUUCCAGAUUCAUCCAUGUCCCUGCAGAGGACAUGAACUCAUUCUUUUUUAUGGCUGCAUAGUAUUCCAUGGUGUAUAUGUGCCACAUUUUCUUUAUCCAGUCUAUCAUUGAUGGGCAUUUGGUUGGUUCCAGGUCUUUGCGAUUGUAAACACUGCCACAGUGAACAUACGUGUGCAUGUGUCUUUAUAAUAAAACAAUUUAUAAUCCUUUGGGUAUAUACCUAGUAAUGGGAUUGCUGGGUCAAAUGGAAUUUCUAUUUCUAGAUCCUUGAGGAAUCACCAGACUAUCUUCCACAAUGGUUGAACUAACUUACACUCCCAUCAACAGUGUAAAAGUUUUCCUAUUUCUCUAUAUCCUCUCCAGCAUCUGUUGUCUCCAGAAUUUUUAAUGAUUGCCAUUCUAACUGGCGUGAGAUGGUAUCUCAAUGUGGUUUUGAUUUACGUUUCUCUAAUGACCAGUGAUGAGCAUUUUUUCAUAUGUUUGUUGGCCACAUAAAUGUCUUCUUUUGAAAAGUGUCUGUUCAUAUCCUUUGCCCACUUUUUGAUGGGGUUGUCUGGUUUUUUUCUUGUAAAUUUGUUUUAGUUCUUUGUAGAUCCUGGAUAUUAGCCCUUUGUCAGAUGGGUAGCUUGCAAAAAUUUUUUUCCCAUUCUGUUGGUUGCUGGUUCACUCUAAUGUUUGUUUCUUUUGCUGUGCUAAAGCUCUGAAGUUUAAUUAGAUCCCGUUUGUCUAUGUUGGCUUUCGUUGCCACUGCUUUUGGUGUUUUAGUCAUGAAGUCCUUGCCUAUGCCUAUGAACUGAAUGGUUUUGCCUAGGUUUUCUUCUAGGGUUUUUAUGGUGUUAGGUCUUAUGUUUAAAUCUUUAAUCUAUCUGGAGUUAAUUUUUGUAUAAGGUGUAAGGAAGGGGUCCAGUUUCAGCUUUCUGCACAUGGCUAGCCAGUUUUUCCAACACCAUUUAUUAAACAUGGAAUGCUUUCUCCAUUGCUUGUUUUCUUGCUGGCUAUAUUUAUGACUUCUUUGGGAAAAUUCAGGAUUUUUGCCCAUUUAAAAAUUGGAUUAUUUGGUGUUUUGCUCUUGAGAUAUGAAUUGUUACUAUUUUUUUUUAGUCGGAGUCUCGCUCUGUCACCAGGCUGGAGUGCAGUGGUGGGAUCUCGGCUCACUGCAACCUCUGCCUCCCGGGUUCAAGCAAUUUUCCUGUCUCAGCCUCCCAAGUAUCUGGGACUACAGGUGCUUACCACAAUGCCCAGCUAAUUUUUGUAUUUUUAGUAGAGAUGGGUUUCACCAUGUUGGCCAGACUGGUCUCAAACUGCAGACUUCGUGAUCUGCCCGCCUCAGCCUCCCAAAGUGCUGGGAUUAUAGGCGGCAGCUGCUGCACCUGGCCGAGAUAUGAAUUCUUUAUUUAUUUUGAAUAUUAACCCCUCAUGAGAUAUGUAGUUUGGAAACAUUUUCUUCCAUUUUCUAGGUUCCGUUUUCAUUUUGUUGACUGUUUCCUUUGCUGUGCAGAAGGUUUUUAGUUUGAUGUAGUCCCAUGUGUUUAGUUUUGCUUUUAUUGCCUGUGCUUGUGUCAAAAAAAUCAUCGCCAAAACCAGUGUAAAGGAGUUUUUCCCUUAAGUUUUCUCCUAGGAGUUUCGUGGUUUCAGGUCUUACAUUUAAGUCUCUAAAUAUUUCACAUUAAUAUUUGUUAUGGUAUAAGAUAAGGGUCCAGUUUCAUCACCUUGCAUGUGGAGAUCCAGUUUUUCCAGCACCAUUUCUUGGAAAGACUAUCCUUUCCCCAUUGUGUAUUCUCGGCGCCCUUGUCAAAGAGAAAUCUAGUAGUUUCUAAGCAGCAUUAUGAAGCUGUAGCUUUACUGAUUUCAUGUUACAACAAAAGUUUUAAAGCACAAACCCAGGGGUGUGACAUACCCUGGAACUGGUGAUUUGAAAAACAGUACUGUCAGAGAAAGGGAUCUAUGGAGAUCAUGGUUAGUAGUAUAGUGACUGGGGCAUUGGAUCAGGUUAUCCCAGUUGUCCUGAUCCAAUACCUUAAUGAUAUAAAAAAGCUUUUAAGUGUAGAAGUGGGUAUAAUGAUCACUGUUUCAAUAAAAUUAAAAUAUUAAUGUGUUAAUGUCCCAUCUCAUUUGGUGCUAGUGGAAAAUGAAAUGCGUAAAAACUAUUGCUAAAACUCACUAAACCUCUCUUACAGCCUAAUUAGCAAGUUAAUGCUUUUUCCUUUUGGCUGUUCCCUAAUUUUUCAUUCAAUUUAUCUUUUCCUGAAAACCUGCUAAUUUCAUGCACUUUAGUCCUACAGAAGAGAACGUUGCUUAGCAACUGCGUAAAUAACUAAUGGACCUAGUUAUCUAAUAAAGGCUUGAAGGACUUAAUUUAUUUUAAAUUUAUAUAUUUAUGUAUUAACCAUCAAAUCCAAGAGGAAGUUGUUUCACUUUGUUAUUUCUUCUGAUUUCUGCAUUUUUUUUUUUUUUGAGACGGAGUCUCAUCUGUCACCAGAUUGGAGUGCAGUGGCGUGAUCUCGGCUCACUGCAACCUCCCCCUCCCGGGUUCAAGCGAUUCUCUUGCCUCAGCCUCCAGAGUAGCUGGAACUACAGGCACGUACCACGACACCCGGUUAAUUUUUGUAUUUUUAGUAGAGAUGGGAUUUCUCCAUGUUGACCAAGAUGGUCUUGAUCUCCUGACCUCGUGAUCCACCCGCCUGAGCCUUCCAAAGUGCUGGGAUUAUAGGUGUGAGCCACCAUGCCCAGCCUCUGUAUUCUUAUAAUUAAAAUUACAAACAUUUGCCGGGCGUGGUGGACAUACCUGUAGUCCCAGGUACAUGAGAGGCUGAGGCAGGAACGUCACUUGAACCCAGGAGGCAGAGGUUGCAGUGAGCCAAGAUUGUGCCACUGCACUCCAGCUUGGGUGACAGAGCAAGACUUUGUCUUAGAAAAAAAAAGAAAAGAAAUGUUUUCUGAUUCCCUGGAUACAGAAUUCUGUAAUAUUGCUUUUUAAUGCUAUGCUAAUUCUUUUAGAGGAAAUAUAUUAAGGUUUUAGGAGAAGGAAUUUAGAAAUUAAAUUGAAGUAGUUCUAUUACUUACAUAUGAUGGUUUUACUUUUGGUUGUUUGACCCAGAAGUAUCUCAGAAGAGUCAUCUGAGCUAAGGGUGUUCUAAGGUUUGAGGGCGUGAGUGGUAUUGUCAUUUUGCAGUGUCCUGUCACACUUCAUUUAGCCACAGUGUGUUUACUUGUCUGAGAUUAAGUCUCCCCACCAUGACAUAUAAAGCUGUAUUAUUAUCCAAAUCUCAGACUUAUUUUCUUCACUCUUGUAUUAGUUCAUUGUCACGCUGCUAAUAAAGACAUAACAGAGACUGAGUAAUUUAUAAUGGAAAGAUGUUUAAUGGACUCACAGUUCAGCAUGGCUGAGGAGAUCUCAGGAAACUUAAAAUUAUGGGAGAAAGGGAAGCAGACAUGUCCUUCUUUACAUGGUAGCAGGAAGGAGAAGAAUGAUAGCAAAAGCGGGAAAAGCCCCCUCUAAAAACAUCAGAUCUUGUGAGAACUCAUUCACAAUCACAAGAACAAAUCUAAUCACUUAUUAGAUCAUGGGAGCCAUUCCCAUGAUCUAAUAAGCUCCCAUGAGGUCCUUCCCCAGACACAUGGGGAUUACAAUUUGGAUUACAAUUUAACAUGCAACUUUGAGUGGGGACACAGCCAAACCAUAUCAACUGUGUUUCUGUUCAACUGCCCUGAAGUAAAAGCAAAAUACUGCUGGAUGCUGUCACUCAUACCUGUAAUCCCAACACUUUGGGAGGCCAAGGCGGGCAGAUCACGAGGUCAGGAGAUCAAGACCAUCCUGGCCAACGUGUUGAAACCAUGUCUCUACUAAAACUACAAAAAAUUAGUUGGGCGUGGUGAUGUGCAUCUGUAGUCCCAGCUACUCAGGAGGCUGAGACAGGAGAAUCGCUUGAACACAGGAGGCGGAGGUAACUGUGAGACAAGAUUGCGACACUGCAUUCCAGCCUGGGUAACAGAGCGAGACUCUGUCUCAAACAAACAAACACACAAAACCAAAAUACCAGCAAAUUUGUUUACUGCACCCUUUGCAUUCUGUGGUAUUGAGACAUUAAAGACCAUUUGCACCAGGCUAGCAUGGUGGCUCCCUCCUGUAAUCUCAGCACUUUGGGAAGCUAAGGGAGAAAAUCCCCUGAGCUCAAGAAUUUGAGACUAGCCCAGACAACAUUGCAAAACCCUGUCUCUACAAAACAUACAAAAAUUAGCCAGAUGUGGUGGCAUACACCUGUGGUCCCAGCUAUUUGGGAGGCUGAAAUGGGAGGAUCACAUGAACCUGAGAAGUUUGAGGCUGCAGUAAGCCAAGAGAUCAUGCCACUGCACUCCAAUCUGGGUGACAGAGUGAGACCCUUUCUCAAAAACAAACAAACAAACAAACAAACAAACAAAAACACCAUUUGCCACUUGCACAAAAAUAUUAGCAGUAAAAACACAUAGUUGGGUGUGAUGGCACACGCCUGUAAUGCUAGCUACUUGGGAGGCUGAGGCAGGGGGAUUGCUUGAACCUGGGAGGUGGAGGUUGCAGUGAGCCGAGGUGGUACCACUUUAUUCCAGCUGGGUGACAGAACCAGACUUCAUCUCAAAAAAAAGAACACAGGCAACUUAUAUUAAUAGCGUUAAGCAAAUCUGCAUUAAAGAGAAACUGUGCUUUCAAAGAGUUACUUUUGUCUCAGAAUGAAGCUCCUUUACAAAAUGGCUCCUUUACAAUUCUAUCUUUCAGAGACGCUUUGGGCAAAUUUAUAGCAUAUUUUCUUUCACAUGCGAGAACUCCUAAGAUACCAUUUUCUGCUGGGUGUGGUGGCUCACGCCUGUAAUCCUAGCACUUUGGGAGGCUGAGGCUGGUGGAUCACCUGAGAUCAGGAGUUCAAGACCAGCCUGAACAAUAUGGUGAAACCCCAUCUUAAAAAAAAAAAAAAAAAAGAUAUCAUUUUCUGUAAUGAUUUAUUAAACUCUAUACAAAUCAGAGGUUUUUUGUUUUAAUGGACUAUCUUCAGAAAACAUUACUCUAUCAUAAAAUAAAGUGUUUUUAAAGCAAUAUUGCCAAGCACAGUAACUUGUGCCUGUGGUCUCACCCACUCGGGAGGCUGCAAUGAGAAGAUUGCUUAGCCCAGGAACUCAAGUGUGGCCUAGGCAACAUAGCAAGACCUGUAACUUAAAAAAAAAAAAAGAAAAAAAGGCAAUAUUAGAAUAUUAGUAGCUAUAAUAACUAAACAUGAUAGAACGUUUCAUCUAUAAUUGGCUAAUAUAGAGCUUAUUUAUAAAGUGCAGUCGGUAAGACUGGAUGUAUCAUGUUCAUAUCCUAAUUGUAAAUGCAUAUCUCAUUUGCAUUGUGUCCCUGUACAAAGAGAACAAUGUAGGCUAACCAGAGUUAAGUUUAAAGAUUUAUAAUUAGUAAGUUACCUGAUACAAAGACAAUAUGUGCCAAACAGUUUAGGACAAAAAUAAUUUCUAAGAGAUACAUAUAUUUCAGAGAGAGUGAAGGAGAGGAGGGGAGAGGGAGGGAGGGAGGGAGAGAGAGAGAGAGCGCGUGCUAUAGAGAGCGAGAGAUAUGCCAGCAUGCCAACAUUCAAGGAGUUUAACUUCAACGAUAACAUUUCUUUUUUCUCCUUCUCUCAUCUUUCCCUCUAUAUCUAUUUAUAAAAUAUAAAGACAUAGUUUAGAUUUAACAUUAAAAACUGUCAUUGAAUGAAAUUCGAAUGUUCUAGGUGUUGCCACUGACACCAUGACAGCUGUUUUAAAAUUAUGAAAAUCUUUUUAUUAUUUUAUUUUGAGACCAUUAAGCAAUUGACUGUUGUAGCCAAUUUUUAACAUCAUGGAAACCAUCACUGACGAAAUGCUGCCGCAAUUCACAUGAUAUUUUCUAUUAUAGCAGUCUGUUAAUAUGUGUAUUGCACUCAUCAGUAACUUCAGGAGAAAUUGAUAAAUUCCCUUCAGUCUUCUUUCUCUUCAUAUUUGCAAAUGCCUUAUAUAAUAAAUACUACUGCAGUCCAGGCAUGGUGGCUCACACCUGUCAUCCUAGCACUUUGGGAAGCCGAGGUGGGUAAAUGGCUUGAGUUCAGAAGUUCGAGACCAGCAUGGGCAACAUGGUGAAACCCCCAUCUCAACUAAAAAUGCAAAAAAAUCAGCCAGGCUUGGUGAUACAUGCCUGUAGUCCUAGCUACUUGGGAGACUGAGCCUGGAAGGUCGAGGCUGCAGUGAGCUAUGAUCAGGCCACAGUACUCCAUCCUGGACAAUAGCGAGACCCUGUCUCAAAAAAAAAAAAUUAAUGUAAAAAUUAGCUGACAAUGGUGGCACCUGUAGUCCCAGUUACUCUGGAGGCUGAGGUGGGAGGAUCAUUUGAGCCCAGGAGGUUGAGGCUGCAGUGAGCUGUGUAUGCAUCACUGCACUCCAGCCUGGGCAACAGAGAGAAAUCCUAUCUCAAAAAUAAUAGAUAGCCAAGCACGGUUGCUCAUGCCUGUAAUCCCAGCACUUUGGAAGGCCAAGGUGGACAGAUCAUGAAGUCAGGAGUUUGAGACCAGCCUGGCCAACAUGGUUGAAACCACAUCUCUACUAAAAAUAUAAAAAUUAGCCAGGCAUGGUGGCACAUACCUGUAAUCCCAGCUACUGGGGAAGCUGAGGCAGGAGAAUCGCUUGAAUCCAGGAGGUGGAGGUUGCAAGUGAGCCGAGAUCAGGCCACUGCACUCCAGCCUGGGCGACAGAACAAGACUCUGUCUCAAAAAAAAAAAAAAAAAAAGAUAGAUAAAUACUAUUGGAUGCAAUAUAAAUUUUCAGCCUGUAUUUUCAUUAUAUAAUGAUACAAUAUUAAGAGCAAAAUACUAAGAGAAGAGAAAUAUACAGUCUACCUUUGGAAAUUUUACAACUUCUAUUUCAGGAUUUCCAAGUUGGCUAUUCAUAAGUGAAUUGAAUCUCCUUUCUUUUCUCUUCAUUUAUGAUAAACUUCUUGUAGGUGGGGGAAAAAAAACAACCUGAGCCUUUGUAAUCACAUAUUUGGGUUUAAUCAUAACUGUCAUUUAGUAGUAGUUUGACUUUAUUUAUUUAUUUAUUAGAGACAGAGCCUUGCUCUGUCACCCAGGCUGGAGUGCAGUGGUGUGAUCUCGGCUCACUGCAACCUCCACCUCCUGGGUUCAAGUGAUUCUACUCCCUUAGCUUCCCAAGUAGCUGGAAUUACAGGUGCAUGCCACCAUGCCUGGCUAAUUUUUGUAUUUUUAGUAAUAGAGAUGGGGUUUUUCCAUGUUGGCCAGGCUGGUCUCAAACUCCUGACUUCAAGCAAUUCGCCUGCCUCAGCCUUCCAAAGUGCUUCUUUUCCCCCCCUAUUCUCACAGUUGCUCAUUUUUUUUUUUCUUUUUUUUUGAGAUGGAGUCUUGCUCUGUCGCCAGGCUGGAGUGCAGUGGCACAGUCCCAGCUCAUUGCAACCUCCACCUCCUGGGUUCAAGUGAUUCUUCUGCCUCAGCCUCCCAAGUAGCUGGGACCACAGGAGUGUGCCACCAUGCCUGGCUAAUUUUUGUAUUUUUAGUAGAGCUAGGGUUUCACCAUGUUGGCCAGGAUGGUCUCGAUCUCUUGACCUUGUGAUCUGCCCACCUCGGCCUCCCAAAGUGCUGAGAUUAUAGGCAUAAGCCACCGCGCCUGGCCAGUUGCUCAAUUUAAUAAGAGGUAAUUGAUUAAUUUCUGUUUGCAUUGUAGUCAGGAAACUGGAGAGGGCAGCAAACUAUAGGAGAUUGUGCCCCCACCCCUGCACCCCGUCCAGACCUCCCUAUCAAGUUUCACCUCCACUAACCUGUCUCAAUCAUUUCUGACGGAAGGACUCAUAUAAAUUACCAAAUUACCCCCAAAUAAAGCAGCAUCUAGAAAGAUUUAGUUGGUUAGGGAAAAUUGGUAGAGGAGUAAAAUUAUGUGACACCUUUAUUUGUCCCUUGUGGACAAGGAAAUAGAAAAAAAAAUGGAGGCAUUGGUUUUGUUCUUGUAUCAUAAUAACCUCACUCCCUUCCCCGUUUCUAAAGGUUGCAAUUUCAUCUUUUCUUUGGUUUUCAUCAAAUAAUCUUGCCCCUCUGUACAUUAUUUUUAAUAAUGUUGAUAAUAACAACCAACAUCAAUCAAAUGCUUUCCAAAGUCAGGUACUUCACUGCACUGUUACUAUUUUCUCAUUUUGUGGAUGAUGAUAUGGUUUGGCUCUGUGUCCCUGCUCAAAUCCCAUCUCAAAUUGUAAUCCCCUCAUGUCCAGGGAGGGAAGUGAUUGGAUCGUGGGGGUGGUUCCCCCAUGCUGUUCUCGUAAUUGUGAGUGAGUUCUCAUGAGAUCUGAUGGUUUCACAAGCGUCUGGCAUUUCCCCUGCUUUCACUUCUCUAUCAUGCUGCCAUGUGAAGAUCCUUGCUUUCCCUUCACUUUCUGCCAUGAUUAUAAGUUUCCCAAGGCCUCCCCAGCCAUGUGGGACUAUGAGCCAAUUAAAACUCUUUCCUUUAUAAAUUACCUGGUCUCAGGGUUUUUCUUUAUAGCAAUAUGAAAAUGGACUAAUACAGAUGAGAAAACCAAGGAGUGAAACAACUUAUGUAAUUUGCUUGUGGUUGCUGCUAUAGACUGAACAUUUGUGUCCCCCCAAAAUUCACAUGUUGAAAUACCCAAAUGUGAUGAUAUUAAGAGAUGGGGCCUUUGAAUAGUGAUUCGGUCAUGAGGGUUCAGCUCUCUUGAAUGGGAUUAGUGCCCUUAUAAAAAAGACUCCAGGGAGACCCCUUCCUCAUUCCACCUUGUAAAAGACUCCAGGGAGACCCCUUCCUCAUUCCACCUUGUGAGGACAGAGAGAAGACCACUGCCUAUGACUAGACAACGGGCUCCCACCAGACACCAAAUCCCACCAGCACCUUAAUCUUCCACCUUCCAGAAAUGUGAUAAAUAAAUUUCUGUGUUGUUUAUAAGUUGUCUAGUUUAUGGUAUAUUGUUGCAGUAGCAGUGCAAACAGACUGAGACACACAGCCAGUAAGUGGUAGAGCCAGGUAUCAAACCAGGUUAUUCUAAAUUCUGGAGCCCAUGUGUUAAUCAUUAUACUUAAUUUUUCUGAUGGCAUAAAUGGAAGCUAGAAAGGCAGAAAUUUAGUAGUCUUCAAUGACUGGCUUUGCCCUAAUUUGUUGACCUGAUAUUUGAAACCUACCAUAGGCUAAUUUAAAUCUGCCUUUGAAACUUCUACUGUGUCCAGUAUCAGUUUACCACUCUGGUCGUUCUAAAUUCAUUUUUCCCUAUAAAAACUUAUUUCACUUUGCCUAUCUAAAAUCAGUCCAUCUUUUCCAUGAAGGCUUCCUUAUCUGUAGAGGAACUUCAUUCUGUUACAGUCCUAUAUCACUAAUUAUUGUAUUACAUGAUAGACAUAGCUUGUUUUAUAGUCUGUAACCUGUGUAUGUGUGUGAAUGAGACAUCAGUGUUUGAGAUGCAGCAGUGUUUGGCACAUGGCUGAUUCUGGUAUAUGUUUGCCUACUUCCCUUAUCCUUUAGCGUACACACUAGAAACAGACACACCUAUGUUUUGAAUCCUAGCAGCUCUAUUUCUAGCUGUAGGUAUUGAGUCAAAUCACAAAACUUCUUUAUAUGUUAAUUAUCUACAGAAAAGGAAUAAUUAUGGUAUCUAGUUUAUUGACUUAUAGUGAAGAUAAAUGAGAUUCUGUGUCUAGGACAUAGUGAAUACUUACUAAAUAUUAGCUGUCACUAUUAUAAGUUUUUUAGUAAAUAUUCAUUGUUAUAAAUACAUUAUUUGAACUGGGCACCGUGGCUAACACUUGUAAUUCCAGCAUUUUGGGAGGCCAAGGCGGGUGAAUCACCUGAGAAUGGGAGUUUGACACUAGCCUGACCAACCUGGAGAAACCUCGUCUCUACUAAAAAAUACAAAAUUAGCCAGGCGUGGUGGCGCAUGCCUGUAACCCCAGCUACUUGGGAGGCUAAGGCAAGAGAAUCACUUGAUCAGGAGGUGGAGGUUGCAUUGAGCUGAGAUCACGCCAUUGCCCUCCAGUCUGGGCAAUAAGAGCAAUCUCCAUUUCAAAAAAAGAAAAAAAAGGCCAGGCACAGUGGCUCAUGCCUGUAAUCCCAGCACUUUAGGGGGCCAAGGCAGGUGGAUCACUUGAGGUCAGGAGUUCAAGACCAGCCUGGCCAACACAGCGAAACCCCAUCUCUACUAAAAAUACAAAAAUUAGCCGGGCAUGGUGUCACAUGCUUGUAAUCCCAGCUACUCAGGAGGCUGAGGCAGGAGAAUCGUUUGAACCUGGGAGGUGGAAGUUUCAUUGAGCCAGAUCAUACUACUGUACUCCAACCCAGCCUGGGUGACAGAGUGAGACUCUGUCUCAAAAAAAAAAAAGAAAAGAAAAGAAAAGAAAAAAAAAUAGAUUAUUUGUAUUACUAUAUUACAAAAUCUGUAAUUCCCCUUAUAUAUAUAUUAUAAGCAUUUAGUAAAUGUUGAAUUGAAUUUUUUUUUUUUUUGAGUCAGAGUCUUGCUCUGUAGCCCAGGCUGUAGUACAGUGGCACGGUCUUGGUUCACGGCAUCCUCCGCUGCCAGGGUUCAAGCAAUUCCCCUGCCUCAGCCUCCUGAAUAGUGGGGACUAAAGGAGCAUACCACAACACCCAGGUACUUUUUUUGUAUUUUAGUAGAGACAGGGUUUCAGCACGUUGGCCAGGAUGGUCUCUAUCUCUUGACCUCAUGAUCUGCCCGCCUCGGCCUCCCAAAGUGCUGGGAUUACAGGCAUGAGCCAUCGAACCCGGCUUUUUUUUUUUUUUUUUUUGAUACAGAGUCUUGCUUUGUCACCCAGGCUGGAGUGCAGUGGCGUGAUCUCGGCUCACUGCAACCUCCACCUCCCAGGUUCAAGUGAUUCUCCCGCCGCAAGCUCCAGAAUAGCUGAGAUUACAGGCGUGAGCUAACACACCCAAUGGAUUGAUUGAUCGAACGAUUGAUUGAUUGAGACAGUUUCAUUCUUGUUACCGGCCCUGGAAUGCAGUGGUGUGAUCUUGGCUCACCACAAUCUCUGCCUUCCGGGUUCAAGCGAUUCUCCUGCCUCAGCCUCCCAAGUAAGUAGCUGGGAUUACAGGCAUGCGCCACCACACCUAGCUAAUUUUAUAUUUUUAGUAGAGGCGAGGUUACUCCACAUUGGCCAGGCUGGUCUUGAACUCCUGACCUCAGGGAUCUGCCUGCCUCGGCCUCCCAAAUUGCUUGGAAUACAGGUGUGAGCCACCACGCCCAGCUACUUUUUUAAUUUUUAGUAGAGAUGAGGUUUCACCAUGUUGGCCAGGGUGGUCCCAAACUCCUGACAUUGUGAUCCCGCCUCGGCCUUCCAAAGUGCUGGGAUUAUGGGCGUGAGCCAUUGCGCCUGGCCUGAGUUGCUUUUUUAAUAUAAAUUAAUAUUUAAUUUACUGCCAUCGAACUUACCAGGUUUUAACUGCAGGAUUUUAGCCAAGUACCCUGCUGCAAGCUGCCAGUAUAUAACAUAAUGCAGGCAUGUGAGGUCCCACUGGAAAGGGAGUUAUCCAGGCUGGGAGAAAAACUUGAGUGAAAUGGGCACUUGCAUGAAACCCUAUUGCUGUUCCCUAAAUCCACCUUCCAAUCUUAUGAAAAAAUGAAUAUCAUCUGAAAUUGUUUCAUUUGGUUGUUAGAAAAAUAUUUAAAAUAAUUAUUUGAAUACUUUAAAAAUGAAUGUAUUGUUAUUCAUAAUUAGAAUUCAGUUGUACACUCUACUCAAAAUGAGACAAAAUGAAGCAUUACUCAUGUUUUCAGGUGUAUGUGAAACUAUCUUCAUUUUGGGUGAUAGCAAAUAUCAGUUGACACAUUUACCUUUGGUUAGGUAAAAUUUAAUGUGAAUGUGUGGCCGUGGAUUUUAGUUUCAAAUGAGGUAAAAAACUGAAUUGUUAAGAGUUGCAUCUAUUCUUUCACAGUGUAGAAUCUACCUCACCCUCAUUCUCUGUGCUGAGUUACAAAUGAGACAGCAAGAUUAGAUAACCAGUAUACCUGUUAAGCAAGUAUUUAUGUCCCACUGGUUUUUCUCUUUGGAGUUUAAUGCUGGUAUUUUUCUUUUUUUGAAGAAUCUGUUUUGUGAGGUUUUGAAUUUUCCUAGCAACUGCUAGGAGAGAUAGGAAAGAUAAUGAGCUGAAUGGCUGGUAUCCAACACAAGAAUAAUGGUGUUCUUUAUUUACCUUUGCAUAAUUUUAAAGAGAACAAGUUUAUUUAUCUUUUACUUGUUCUUUUCCCAUUGUAAAAACUCAGUAGGUGUUACUAGACUAUUCUGAAAUACAAAAUAUUCUGAAAAGCGUUCUUCUACUGAUAUUUCUAUGGUUUCUCAUUCAUAUUUUCUCUUUUGUUACCUCACUUAGAGCACAUGGGUUUGUAAUGUACACUGCUUAGAGUAGAUAGAAACCCUGCUUAGAAUAUUGAUUUUCUAUAGUUCUUUCUUUUUUUCUUUUUCUUUUUUAAAAGACAGCAUCUUACUCUCUCACCCGGGCUGGAGUAUAGUGGCACAAUUGCAGUUCACUGUAGCCUGAUCCUCCUGGGCUCCCAGCAAAUAGCUGGGACUACAGGAACUUGCUACCAUGCCUGGCUGAUUUUUAAGUUUUUUGUGGGGGAGAUGUAGUCUCACUUUGUUGUCCAGGCUGGUUUUAUACUACUGGGCUCAGGCAAUCCUCCUGUCUUGGUCUGUCAAAAUUCUGGGAUUAUGGGUAUGAGCCACCAUGCCCAGCCUUUCUGAUAGUUCUUUAUCUCUGUGAACACUGAACAUUUUGUCAUUUUGGAGAUCCUCAACAUUGAGUCAUGUAUACUUUGUGAAUGUUUACAUUGAGUUAUUUAGGAACAUCUGGAAGAAUGUUCUUGAAAAAUUAGAGGAGGGCCAGUCAUGUAGGAGGAGCUGAGUUUGUUCAGGGCUCCACCCAUCUAUGUGGGGGUUGCAGAAGACCUUUCUGCCCUCCAAACCAUAUUUCUCUUAUAGUUGUUUUGUCAUUCUUUCCAUCUGAUCCUGAUUUUAUGGCUGACGUGAUGAGAAUAUUUAACAAGUAGAAUAUGAGAUUUAGGAAAAGGGUCUUGACUCUUGACAUCCACGCUUCUGAGGUGAGAUAAUUUUUAUGAGGUGAGAUCCCUUUUUUACCAUGUUUGCUGCUUUGACUGUUGAAUAACAAAAUACCACUCGCAUAAUGAAACUACUUUGCUUUGCUGCCUUGGGGAGAACACAGCAAUAGAAAAAUAGCCACAUCUUAUUCAAGCUCUUCUUGAUUUUUGUUUUGGCUGUUUCUAAAUUUGACACUUGGGAAUAAAUGGUUUAUUUGACUCUUAGUAUGACCCAGGUAUGCUUUUGUUAAAAAGAACAGUUCUACAAGGCUGACUGUUGGGACAAAAUUAGCUACUAGUCUUGGAUACUCUUUCAGUGUAAAAUCUCAGAAUAGCAUUUAAAAAUCAUUGGAGAUAUUUUAUUCAUAUUACAUUUUCUUAAUAAGAUCCAGAAAGGGUUUUGAAAAUUAUUUUGUAGCUAGUUUGGUCUUUGAACAGAAAGACUAUGAAAAGUAAUGUAACUAAUGAAAAGUACGAUUACUAUCACUGAAUUCUCUUUUUUUAGGAAAAACAGUGAUGUUUAAAAAUUCCAACUAGGGAACUAAAUGCUUAGUAUUUGUUGAGUAUAUUAUAACAACCCUCAGAGAUUUCUUAAUGUCUGGGAUUAAUGUAAUCCUUUGUUUUUUAUUCUGAUAGAGACUUAAAAAGUUAUUCUCAUCUUCAAAUCCCAAUAAACCUAUUUGAUAGAGGGAAAUAGGAAUAGGACACAUUGCUUUUUACUUUCUGCACACGUGUGGAAACCGGGGAUCUAUUCUCUUCCUCUCAAUUUACAUGACCAUGAGGAAAUUGAAACCCAGUGAAGUCAAAUGACUUGCCUGGGGACAGCCAGCCAGCUAGUUCCUACUUGAACUGGGGACCAUCUAUUUGGUUACCGGGAGUGCCUUUGGUUUCUGCUGCCUGUUUGAUACUCAGUCUUCUCCUGGUAAGUUUUAGCAGCAAAUGGUAUUGUCCAUACGACAGCCUUAGUCUCAGGUAAUUCUCCAUCCUUCUGCCUCUUUUUUUUUUUCCAAUGCAGUUGCAUGGUGUGAAGGCGAUAACUGCAGAAACUCAGGUGUAAACAAACCCGGGAAUCAAAGGUUUGGGGGAUGGUAAAACAAGAGUGUGUAGACAUGACUGUGUACAAUAGCUUCAGAAGUUUGGGAGGGUAUUGGUGUAGCUGUUAUUUCUGAGACUGGAGAAAAUGGCAGUAGAGUGACAGUUUCGCUAAUCAUCAGUUUUCAAAGAGCAAGUUUUCAUGGGAACCACAGGUAUAGUACACUUAACUCCAUAAGGGGGAAAAACCCUUGAAUUUUUCCCUCACAUACAUUGGAAGGUAAACUAAAUUUUAGGCAACAUUUUAAGGGUAACAAAAGGUAAAGAUUGCAAAUCAAACUUAGAGAGUCCUUGCUCAAGAAAAUCUGUGCACUACAGCUGCAAUAGAGGACCACUUGGGUUUAGAAAUGACACGUUACUAAUAAUUUUAGUCAUUGUGGCUAAUUAGAACAAUCUGUUCAAGGUUAUAAAUUACAGAUGCUUUUAAAAACAUUUUUCUAAGAAUCUGUGUAGAAUUCUAAAAGGACUGAAUUAUUUGAAGUUAUUGGUUUCUGUGUAUAUAAACUUAAGUUUUACAGCCUUUGAUUAUUUUUAAAACAUUUUUUUCGUACUCUUAUAGCCUGAUGCCAUAAAUGUUUUAUGAAUUUAAUAUACAGCAUCUCUAGGUGCUAUUUAAAACUGUUUUCCUGGUCCUUUUCUUUUGGGUUAUAAGCGUUCUUUGUAACCAAGAAGAUUACCUAUGGUUACACUGAAUGCACUCUCCCAGAGUGCACAGGAGGCUGCUCUAGUGCGGUUAUAACUCUUGUUUGCCCCUGGGUGGUUGCCAGCAGGGAGUAAGGCAUUGUGGGAAGUACUUUCUUUACCUUCCACAACAGGUGUCUUUGUUAGUGCACCUUAUUCAGAUAUCCGUGUGUGGAAGCACUGAGUCCCUGUGUAGCAAAGAAAAAUAUGAAAGCAAGAGGGAUUGCUUUCACAGCUAGAAAAUGGUGCUGCAAGAUUAUCUGAAAUCUUCUGGUGCUAGUGAAUGCAUGAAGAUGUUCACAGUAUCUUUUAAAGUACUUCUAAAAAGAUAAGUAAUUUAAAAGGUAUGAACUGUCUGGAUACCUUAUAAUGCCUUGUCUCCUGAUUAUCAUCUAAUUUUUACCUGGUUAGUCAGCGUCAGUAUGAAUGUGCAGGAAAGAAAAUGUUAACGAAAGUAAUGCCUAACAGACAAAGCAGCAUUGUAGAACAAAAAUGAAGUAAAAAUCCUUUACUGGCUCCAACAAGGGUCAAACACAGUUUGAAGCUGUUUUAAUCUCGCGGAUUUAUUUAAAAUAUUGCUUUUUUUGUUUAAAUAAGCUUAUUAGAUUUGCUUGUUUCCUAGCAAUAAGGUGCUUUUCCCUCCUUCCUUGUGCUUGCUCUCAGAAUAAGCUACAGUGCUUUUGCGGUUGCAAAACUACUAAUUACAUUUAAAUGGGACAAGGUGUUAUAUAAGUAAUCAUGUUACUGUAGAUGAAAGAAAACUUUUGGAAAACAUGGGAAAAUAGACACUAUAGAUCUCAUUCUGAGUUUUGUUUUUUGAGAAGCAAACAAAUUUGGACAACACGAUCCUGCUAUUGGUAAUAAAGACUAACCAUUUCAACCAGUAGCUUAUGUCUUUUGAUUUUAGACAAACAUUGCCAAAUUGAUUUCUAGUUCUAACAAAUAAUAUUUCUAAUAGUAUUGCAGUGUCAUGAUCUGGAAAAAGCAAGGAAGAUAUUAACUUAAUUAGGAAUAUUGAGGAACAACUUCAGAGCAGCCUAAUCUGUCUUCCCCUCAUUUUUAUUUGCUUCAUCAUUUUCUGUGAAAUUAGUAUACAUUAUAUUUCCUGAUCAGGGAACUUUGUAAUAAUGAUUAUGGGCAGCUUUCAAACUUUUCAUCUGGAAAUAUGGCAGUUCAUUUAGAGUCUCCAGCUGUAAUUUUAAAAAACAUUGCUGGUGGCUAAGAUACCAACAGUUAAUGGCUAUCUACUGAUUUGAAUAAUUAAAAGAAACCUCUAACCUUAAAAGAUGAAGAGAAAUUUUAUCUAUGGGAGCAAAACAACUGGUUUAUAAAUGAGACCGUUGUAUUGCUUACUGAAUAACAACACAAAACUAAAUUAUGCUUAAAAUACUUAUUUUUUUAGUAGGAAAAGGGAGUAAUGAUUAUUAAUUGAUAUUGCUGUCUCUCUUUCAUUUUCAUGUUUUGGCAUUUUUUUCUUUAACAGAAAUACUCAGAGGGGAAAAAUAAUCUUUUUUUUUUUGUACUUCAGGAUAUCAUUUGUAACUGCACCAAGAAUUCUUUAAAUUCUGAGAAAUUAAAAUGGUUUUCAUCUGUUUAUUUUCUAAGAUUUUGAAAAAAUAAUCAGUAAGAAUGCUAAGAAAAUUUACUUCUCCUUCAAGAAGAAUCUUCAUGUAAUAAUACUGAAGUAAGAAGAUGAGCUAUUGUGAAAAUUUUUAAUUACCAAGAACAUAACACAGAUCUUUUUUUUUUAAUUGUUAUGAGAUAUUUCUAGUUGGGAAACUAUUUCUUUUUUGAAGUUUAAAGGUUUCCAAAAAUUGAAUUUUCCAGCUUCUCUGUUAAGAAUGCAGAAGGUGUUUAUAGUGUAUACUUCCUGCAAAGAUAAGAAACCUCCUUUAGUUUCCUACUGGGGGUGAAUUGCUAGCCAAGCCUAUGAUAGCAGUCGCUUUUUCUUUCUUGAUUUUUGACACUCCACCCCCUCCAACUCAGGUGGGUGUGUACACUGGCACUGAACUGCAGUAGGAUUUUUCCUUGGAUAGUCUGGUCUGGAGCAGGGACAGCAGCUGCUGCUGUGGAAAGGCCAGCUGGCAAGAUGAUGGAAGAAAUCUCCAUUAUGGUAGCCUAUGACGCCCAUGUUUUCAGCCAGCUGCACGAUGAAGACUUCCUCACUAGUCUGGUGGCCAUCAGCAAGCCCAGGUCUAUGGUACCAACCAAGAAGCUGAAGAAAUAUGAGAAAGAAUAUCAGACAAUGCGAGAGAGUCAGCUGCAGCAGGAAGACCCAAUGGAUAGAUACAAGUUUGUAUAUUUGUAGGUAACUCCAGCUGUUGCAUUUAUACUGGGAAUCUUCAUAAGAAGCGGAGAGAAAGAGAGGGGAAAAAGAAAGUGGCUUUCUACUUUCAAAAAUGAAACAAAAAGGAAAAAUGGCAAAGUACUGUUUUAGCUGUGCAUGAUCAUAUCCACAAAGACUUUUAGCAGGUGAACUCUUCCAACUGACAAGGAUGUUUCAAAGUUGCCUCUGUCUUUAACAAAUGUUAAAAAUACCAACUCACUUGGAAGGAAAAAUAAAAACCACAAAGGUAUAUUGAGCACA